UCACGGUGCUGAUGCUGCUGCUGCUGGUGGUUAGCCAGGCAGCUAAUCACUGAAGCUCCGGAUAAAUGGUCACAUUUACGGCGUUUAACAUCCACGUUAACCCGCGUCGUGUGGCGGCAGAUGGACGCAUAAUAUCGUGUGCAUGUUCUUGUUGUCGUUUCGUGUAAUGGAGCUGUACCACCCGUGUACGAGCCGUGAGCAACGGAUACUUGUGCAGUCUACGGUUAGCUCGCUAACGCUCGGGGGAUUUUUAAGGUUUACUGUGGUUAAUGGCUCUAGUCGUAGUCAAGCUGUCGUGAGCGAGCCCUGGUUUGCUGCAGCUUCGCUUCCCCACUAGGAUUACCUGACGGUCAGAGCCUCCACCAGCUCCACGAUAUGACUCACACACAGUGAGCCGACCAGCUGGCUGGAUGGCUAGCUCUUUCGUUAGCAGCUAACCUAGGCGGUGAUGCUAGCAGCCGUUCGGGUGUUCGUACCGCCAACUAUCUGAAGCCAUGUCUGCCCGAUGUAGCUGAUGUGUUGCUCGGCUUGCCAAAAGAUGAAGGGCCGGGGUUAUGAUGCGCCUCUGCCUGCAGGAGGCGGAACAUGGAUGCAGAGGAAGAGCGGAGUGCACACAAAGUUUUGGAUCCAAUGGUGCCCUGCAGGCAGAACGGAAGGAUCGGUACUUUGAGAACUCUCCACCGCCUGCUGAAAACCCAGAACACACUGCAGAUUCAGUCCAUCACCCGCUCAGAAUGUGCUGGUUCCUGUCCGAAUCUAAUGAUGAGUAGGAGCGAGCAUGCCGAUGCAAGGCCCGUGCCCGUGGCCCUCACCCCCCAGCUCCCUGCCAGAGCCCACCGGCCUCUCUGUGUGUCGGUGUCCUCCGACAGCAGCGGACGCUUCAAGGCUCUGGAGACGCAGGAGUGGAAGAACAACCUCAAAGCUCAGAUGGAGAAGGCUCACAGUGCAGGAGCAGCCAGCAGCACGGGUUCUCUGGAACGAGCGUCCCUGUUCUGCGCCUCUGCUUCUACCACAGUGUCCAGCUCCGGCCUGUCCAGCCCUGUGGAGAUACUCAACAAGAGCAAGUCCUCCAGCCGCUUCUCUCUCUUCUCGCCGCCCUGGAACAGCAGCUCAGAGUCCGACUCCAACCCGCCGUCCCGCUCCGGCUCUAAGAAGCUCCGCAACUACAGCCGUAGAGCCGCCACGGGGCCGGCCGGAGCGAGGGGCCCCGAUACGCCAGAGCCCAAACCCAGUGGUCCCGAACACUUCCAAUACUCGGAGCCUGUCAUCUCCAAGGUGACCGAUUACAUCUACGUCGGCAACCUAAACGCAGCGUACAAUGGCCGUACGCUGUGCCGCAACAACAUCGAUAGCAUCAUCGACAUGAGCAGUGCUCCAGGAGAAUCGGCCCCCUCCCUUAGCCUCAUACCCUGCACCUGCUCUCGUGGCGCCCGCCACAGCUGGUCCCGCCUCAAAGUGGACAUCGGAGAUGUGCCGGACGCUCUGGGCGAUGGCCCGUCGCUGAAGCAGCGCUGUUUCGAGGACAUCAACGAGUGCAUCAACGCCUCCACGGAGAAGCGGAAGCGCGUCCUGGUCCACUGUCGGGACGGCUACUCUCUGGCGCCCACAUGCAUCAUCCAGUACCUGAUGGUGAAGCAGAACAUGAGGCUGAUCGCUGCCUACGAGCUGCUGAGGGCCAAGUACCCGGUCAACAUCAGAGAGUGCCACCAAAACGUCCUCGUGAGCCUGGAGAGGGCGCUGCGGCCCGGCGGAAACAUUGACCCUGAGUGCUUCAAACAGGCCAUCUCACGCAAAGUGGCGUGGACCUGAUUUUGUUUCCCAUCAUGCUCAGCUGCUGCUCGACGCCCUCUCUGCUCCUCCCACAGUAUUGGAUCCUUUCAUACAGACAACCAAGGGCAGCUGUAGACUGAUCACAUGGAUAUUAUUGUCCCCACUUGUGGUUGUGAGAAUUUGAUGUAUUUCCUCUUCAGACCUGUAAAUGUGACCUGGCCGUGAUUUCCUCCUUCAUACUCGCCAAAUAGGAGACGCAAUAGACUUUGCUGUAGUGCGCAAAGCUUCUCGGUAUAACAGUGUGAUAGUGUUGGCUGUAUAGUUGAUAUAGUCCUGCUUCAGUUCUGUGCCACACCGUCGUGUUGCUGUUCUAUAUCAGGGGAAUUUCUUACCGGGUGAUCUCAGGAGAUUAUUGAUGUCAUACUAGAACCGUGUCAGUGCUCGUUAGAUUAUCCUGCAGCUUCGUUCACACGUGGAAUCAAAAACGCAGCUCGGAGAGUCGGGAAGGGUUCCGCAACAGGUCCGAAAGGGUUAUGAAGCCGUUGCCCGUUCACGUUAUGCAUCCAGCUGGCACCACGGCCACUGUAGGAGCUCUUCCACUUCCUGUUCAUGCCAUUGCACCGAUGUUCGCUGCAGAUCAGACGAGAGCGCGUAAGAGUUAAUGGAACCAAAAUGUCCCCACAAGAGCCCACAUUUGAUUUUAACUUUGAAAAAUGGUGAACGGAUGAUAAUAAUAAAGUCUCUGAACUUGAAUAAAACACGUUUAUGUCUUUUAAGAAGCCGAUCUGGUCCUGAUUGGUCAGAUAAGGAUGUCUGAUAGGAUAGCACCCAUUUCUAAACAAUAACUUGAUAGUUUAACCCCCAAACAGGCUCUUCCAUGUUUGUAUAAGUAGCAGCCGUGCUGUGACGUCUCUAAUACUCACAGAAAUGCCUUUUUUAACUCAAAUAUAUCAUUUGUGUGUUCUUUAUUUUUCUUAAAAUCAAGAUGAACAUUUCCCGAUGAAAAAUACUUAUUCAGCAAAUUUGAUCUCGGAGGGCUGCAUCAUUUUUGGGCUAUUGCCCAGGUUCGGUAAGACGAGCACCAGAGCGUGGUGCAACUCGUAACUGUAGCUCAGUGCAACUAAAAGAAAGGACGCGCUUGCUGGAUGAGCAAAGUUGAACUACAAAAAUCAAACCGAUUGCAGAUUGAGUCGGGUUAUCGCAAAUAUGUUUGCCCAAUUGCUCAGCCUAGAGUUUGCCUUUUAUGGACGACUCAAUAAAGCAAAGGAUGCCUGGAUGCACCAAAACACUGCUGCAUGUUGAAAACGACCUUUCAGGUGUAACCUAGUCAUGUAAAUCCAGUGUGACAUCGCAGUAAUUCCACUGGUGAGACACGUAAGCCUGUAAAGGAUGAUUUUCUUUCUCGCUUUAAGAUGUGAAAUAACUGUAGAAGCAAGCGACCACGUGGGACGUCUUACAACAUGGACUCUGUUACCAGCCUGAACGUUGGGCGAGUGCUGUAAUGUAUCUGUUUAGUUUACACGAAUCAUUUUACGUAAAGACAGUUUAGUAGAACUAAUAGAAAAAAAACAGCAAUGUCCUGAUAAAAUAACUGUUGCCGUGUGUAAAUGAGGUCACCUGUGAUUCAGUACUCUCCCAAUAGUACAUUAACCCAGCGCAGCGUCACUUUGCGUUGUCUAUAUGCACAUUAGAAAACCUAAAGAUGCAACAAACUGGAAUUGCACCAGUAGGGGUUGAAAAUUCCUUCAGCCGUGCUUGGAAUGGCCGCGGCUUUCAAAUAUUUGAAUGCUUAUUAAAUUCUAAGUGUAUCUGUUGUAUCUUCAAAUACAUAUUUUCCCCUAUUUUUGUUUUUUCUAGUGAGCUACUGUAACAUGUUACGACUAUGUGCAGAUGGCUAUAAGACGUAGUUGGUGGUCACCAUUAAACAACUAAAUAGACUAAAGGACGGGCAGAGCUCAUCUUGUUGUGUAGGAAAGGUCAGCAGAAGCUGCUCACGAGUCUUCUGUUAAUUUAGCUCAUUGACUUUAAUUAUGCACCGCAUAGAAACGUGUAAGUAUAUCAGUGGAUUUAUACUUCUGCUCUCCACAUAUGUAGUUUCUGCAAACCCUCUACUGUAACACAUUGAAUCGACGCAGUGGAGUGGAAGACAGCGAUUCAGCUCGAUGAGAAUGGUAUAGAAUUGUUUUACUAAGUAAGUCCACUGCAAAGUCCACCAGGUAGAGCUAACACGUCGCAAGCUAGCCACAACUGCACGCAGUCGUUUGAGAAAUCAUCAGUCUUUGCUUAGAAAUGUCCACCCUAGUUUUUACCCAGAGAACCUCUCCUCACAAAUUUACUAAGUUUUAAUGUGAGCUGCAGACUCGGGCUGAUGCUGGAUCCAUUUAAGAAAAAGUUUUAGUGCCAACUGUAACCUGCCAUCAGGUUCAUGUAGACGUUUGGGCAAAGUUUGGAGAUCUAUAGCUGAUAAAGUCUUAGUUCGGAGUGUCAUAGUAGAUGAAAUAUGGACUUGGGUUGAAACCCAAACAAACCGUCUGUACUCCAGCCAAUGGAGGACAUGCAUGCUGUUUGUUAUCUUUAGAUCUACAGCUGCUUCCUGGAUUAUGUUGCAGUUUCUUCUUCUUCUGUCUUAAAAGGGAACUUUUGCACAUGGACACUUUGUGUUGCUUCUGACCUUUUUGUGCCGUUAUCUAUCUUUUGUGUGCUUAUUUUUUAUUUAUUUUCCCCCCUGAGGUCAUGCUCGACAGGAUGAACGGUCCCUCUUGUCCUCUGUGAGGAAGACUCGAGCCUCGUUUUUAGUGACAGUUCUGUGAAUUUGAACUUUGGUGUGCAGUGAAGUUGAGUGACAUGCAUCUCUUAUCAGUAUUAGUGCACCAUCAUUGCUGAGCUGCUAUUCGGGGUUUAUGCAUGGCAAGAGGUAAUUAUUUUUCUUUACUUUUUCGCUCCACUGCUUACAGAACUGUCUAAAAAGAAGAGUAUUAAAGUUUCCCUGUGAAUGUUUAAAGACACUUAACAUGACUGAGUUUCACAAUGAGGAAAAAGGAGACAAUGUUCAUUAAAAGUAACCAGAUGAAGGUGUUAACAGCAGUCAGGGCUUUGAAGUCAUGAGUCAAAUUCUUCUUAACCUACAAAUAUUUUGUUAAAUGUCAGAAAAUGGUGAAAAUGAUCUUUUCAGAGGUACUGUUUUGUCUUUAAAGGUACCCUUUUUAUUUACCCUUUGCAAAUGUCACCACCAGGGGGCAGCAUUUUAACAGCAGGUGUAUUAAAACAUGUUCAGAUGUGUGCUGCUGUUCGUUAAACUUCCAACGUUUCCUCUCAGCCCCGAUUCCUCUAGACGAUUUGCAUUUUACCAGGUUAGCUGUGGAAAUGGGAAUCUGCUCUUGGAUGACUCACUAUGCCAUCCUGUGGUACGACACGAAACAACGGCAUAGGCCUGUUUUAACAUCAGUUGAUGUCGCUUCAACACAGUACACAGAUGUGUUUCAAUUCAAAGCAGUUGCUUCUUUACAUUCUGUGGGUGUAGUUGGUUUUUAAGUAAAUAUAUAAGCUGUGAAAGGCUGAUGGUGUAUUGUCAUCACUCAGCCAAGUUUUAUAGUUGUAUCUAAUAAAAAUCUUGUAUAAGUUUGAAUCACAGUGACCUUGACCUGAAGGUCAGAGGUCAGUUUUUCUGAAAAUCAUCUAGGAAGUUCAAGUUUAUACAAUAGACACAUCUACUAAGAGGCUAAAAGGAUGGCACUGGCAGUUGCCUUUUGUUGCGUGUGUUAAAUUAAUGAAUUUAGAAGUACCUUUAAAAACACAAACAUUUGCACCAGGAAAGCAUCACCAUAUCUGGCUGUAAUUACUUUAGUUAUAUCUUUAAUGCUUACGCAGGCGUGUGUAUCAAAAAUAGGAAGUAUUGUGGGGGACCAGAACUGCCAAAAUGAAA